UCACACUCGAGCUGUUGGGGUCAUAAAUAUUAUAUGAAUAUAUCCUCUUCUCUCGGUUGACUCAAAUGCUUGGUUUGUUUUGACGAUGGGCAUUUCACUGAUGUGAUGAGCGACAGGGAAAGCGAUUCCAACAGCCAGGAUAUAAACAGCGUCGCUCCUAAAGGUCAAAAGGGGAGACAACACAGACCGGAACUACAGCGAGAGUACUCGGAACUGACUAAACAAAUGCACGAAGAGGUUGUCAUGAAGCUGUUGGAGGACUUCGACAUUGAGGACACCAAGGACAAGUAUCGAUGCAGCCGGGGGACAAUUAUUUAUGUUCCCAGACGCAGGGGUCUUGCAGACCAUCAGUUUCGAGCAGAACUGCGCAGACUCAUGGGGUCAGAGGUCAUACACUUAAACGACCGGAAGUGGAACGAGAGAUUCCAGCGCCGUCUUCAGGAGGAAUACGAGAAACGACUAGACCGGAAGGAGGAUGAGUUGGCUGAAGCCGAAGCAGUGCGCAUCCGGAAGUUGAAGCUUGAAGGCUUAGUUCCAUUGUCAGCAGAAAAUGACGCGGAUGAAUACGGUCACGUGACAAGAGGAAGUUGUAAAAGGACAAAAGAAAAGAGGAAAAGAGGACACAAGUCCCGGACAAAAAGAUCCCCCAGUCCUUCUCCCCGUGGGAGCAGAUGCAGGAGUGCACCGCCUCGGCCAGCCACGUGGUACAAACCGUCUGAGGACAUCCCGACUCAGGUGGAACUGAUGAACAAGCGAAGAUCCGGAAAGCAGGGCAGGGGCAGAGACCAUUCAAAAUCGAGAGAUGCGUCACGUGAUAACAACAAGAGGCCCUCGAGAUCCCCGUCUCCGGUCACUUCAGAAGGAUGUUCAUCGUCACGUCAGAAACUGCCUCGGGAAAUCAAUGACUUGUACCAGGAGGAGACUGUUGAUGGGUUGUAUGUGAUGGCUGAGAGAUUAGUCUUCGUAUCCGGCAAUCCGCAACAUAAAGGCAAGCCACAAAUCGCUGUAACCGUGAAGUACUGAAACGUUACGCAUAGGACAAGUGUCAACCUUUCUCACUCUUCCUCAAAGCCUGACAAGAUUAUGUUCCAUGGAUAUCUACCACCUGUAUCUGGAACAGAUACUAAGUGCCAUUGCAAUCAAACCCAUUGUGCAAUACUGAAACCUCGUGAAAAUAACACUUUUAUUUUUGUCGUAAGCGGCAUUAGCAAAUGUCGCUUAUGACAUUGACACUUCCGUCAACGUCACUUCCGGUUUGUGUUUUAUUUCAAUGGCAGCGGUCACCUUUCUCCUCUAUCUUCUUAUUUACAAUUAGUCUUGAGAUUUUGUUCGAGAUUCAGGAUUUUGUUUAGCUCAUGUGCUCAUGUUUAUUUGUUAUCAUUCGAUCACUUUUGUUCAUCAACCCCUUUAUGGUUUGAUAAUGAACAAACGUAUGCAAUCGUUAUUACACUAUAUACGCAACUGAUUUGUCAAAAUAGUGUAUUUAGUCUCUGCUUACUAUUUUCACUGUUAUUUUGUAUGAUUGUAAUGAGUGUUGUGACAAUGCAAAGAACGUUCCGUUUUGAUAUUUGCCUCAUGUAUUUUAUUAUUGGUUAUGCUGUUGCUGCUCUCGUUAAAAUGGGCGGUGGGGUAGCCUAGUGGUUAAAGCGUUGGCUCGUCACGCCGAAGACCCGGGAUCGAUUCCCACAUGGGUACAAUGUGUGAAGCCCAUUUCUGGUGUCCCUGCCGUGAUGUUGCUGGAAUAUUGCUAAGAGCGGCGUAAAACUAAACUCAGUCAGUCAGUCAAUCAGUCAGUCUCGUUAAAAUACAUAUUGCAAAUAUUGAAAUUCUUCUGCACCGGUCGUUUUCUCAUCCGAAGGGCGGUUGUAUGCCCAAGGGAUGGCCAUGGUUAUGCCUCAUGCAAAUUGCUUUAAAUCGUGCUCUACUCUAAUGAAUGACCUUAGAGUAACAUAUUAGAGUAACAUGGACGAAAAAUAUAUCGUUUAAAUAAAUUCAUACACAUA